UACACUACCAAAUAGAGAAGGGAGUAAUGGCUGUGAUUUCUGUUACAAUUUACUUAGUAUUUCUCACAACUACCACUUGGGCAUUGUGCCAGCCUAACCAAUAUUCAACUCGAUUGACCUCAGGCAAAGAAAUCUGCUGCUUUUACUGUGCUGCAGGUGAGGCUGUUAAACAGCCCUGCAAAAGUAACAACUCAAAUUCAAUCUGUGUCACGUGUCAAGAAGGAUAUUACAACCGAGAAAAAACUAAAAGCGAGUGUUCACCAUGCUUCUAUUGUAACACCAAACUGGGAAGCAUUGAAAAGAAGGCUUGUACCAAAAGUGCCCAGGCUGAGUGUAUCUGUCCGAAGGGGAGCAUCUCAAAAAAUGAAAGACACACUGCGUGUGAAUGUCCGAAAGGAAAGCAAAUAGUGAAAGAAGAAUGCGUACAAUGCCCAGUAGGACAUUUCUCAGACAAAGAGAACAGUAUUUGCCGGCCAUGGACAAACUGCAGUGCUAGAGGUGACGUUGUCCAGGAAUCUGGUUCUAGCACAUCAGACGUGAUAUGUUCUAAAACAAAGAGCCAACCUGAACCUGUAACAACAAAACUUUCCAACCUACAAACCAGCAGAAUAUUUCUCAAUAACCUCAAAACCAUCUCUGCUAAUCAACAUACCGUCACUAGAGAAGAUAAAAAAAUUACUGAUGUCUCCAAAAAUAAUAAUACAGGUUCCGGAAACUUGAUGACCUGGGGUACCUUGUCGUUGAUUCUGGUUGGAGUUACCCUGCUUUCUCUCUCUGCUGGGUUCAUUAUAACAAUGAUUAUACAGAUGAAGCCAAAGAAGAUGAACAAUAUAUUGCGUAGCAGAAAGUGCAGACACCCAGUACAAGAACAAGAAAAAGAACAAAGUUCAGCCUCAGAAUCCAGCCUGGUGAAGCAAUGUUCCGAAUCUGCAUGACGAAAAAGCACCUCAACAUAUGCAUUGGGUCCAUGAGACACUUGCAUCUAUUUACUGGUAUCCAGUAAGGAUUUAUUAAGUAUCAAGGAACAUCAAGAACUGAAGAGGCUCAUUUGUAAAAACACAUUUACUGAUGCGAUAUGUAACAUUUUUAUGAACUUUGGAUUUUCCUUUUAUAUUUUUUACUGUUCGGUUUGUAUUUAUGUAUUUUUGAAAGACCUUGCUACUUGCACCAUCUUUUUCUUUUGCUCCUUCCCGUUGGACUUUUUUAAAUUUGCUUUGUAAAGACCUUUCGCCUUGCGCUACCUCUUCAUUUUCUCUUGUGAAUUUCUGAAAGAGGCUGUAAAUUAUUUAUGUAAAUUGAUUUAUCAUUAUAGAAUGCUAUUAAAAUGUCA